CUCCUUCCUCGACACCGCCGCACAUGCCGAGGCGCUCUCCUCCCGCGUCCGCCACCUCGACGCGGCGCACUCGCGCGCCGAGUCCGCCCUGGCCCGCGCUCGACCGCUCCCGCGCGCUUGACGCCGCGCACCGCGCCCUUGCCGCUGACGACCUCGCGGCCGCCGCCACUGCCGCGCACGAGUUCCUGGCCAUCGACGCGCGGUUCACCACCGACGACAACCUCCGCCGCGACCUGCUCGACAUCAAGCGCCGCCUCAAGGGGCUCGCGCGGCGGAGGCGGUCGAUGCCCAGGACCACCCCGUCGUGAUGCGCCUUGUGCGCCUCUUCCCCCUCCUCGACCUCGCGCCCGAGGGCCUCCAGGUCUAUGUCGCCUACCUCAGGCUUUGUUCGGUUAGCCCCUCCCCCGCCGGGAUUGGCGUCCAAUCCCCGCCGAACCCUGUGGUUUCAUCCCGACCGGGAUUCGACCCCAACAUACUUUAUGAACGUGUUCGGUUAAACCCGGCUGGGCCUACACCCUCGUCCAAUCCCUCUCAAACCCCGUGGAACUACCCGGGAUAAAAUCCUGUCCACUCUACCCGUGGAACCAAUCCCUCCCGAGCGACGAAACGGUACGCCAGAAAACAAUCGAGUCCCCGAGCUCUCUCUCUCUCUCCUGCGAUUCAGCGGCGGCCGCGGCCGCGGCGGCGGCGCGGCCAUCCGGAGGCGACGAUGGCGGCAUACUUCUCCACUCCUUCCUCCUCUCCCAUCCGGUGAGCUUCUCCUCCUCUUUCUUCCCCUCUACUUCUCCCACAGCUUCUAGGGUUCUUGAGUUUGACCUGAGGUUGACCAGCGGCAACGAUUCAUAGAUGUGGAUUAGAAAGGGAAUAACCGAACAGGUUAUGCAUACAGGGAUUCAUGUGGACGGAGAAUAGAGGGGUUUGGGUGACAAGUCGGGGAUCACCCAAUCCCUAGGAGGUUAGAAACCACUCGUGGAAUCGCCCCACUUCAACCGAACAAAGCCUCAAGAAGGUCGUUGCCCUCCGCUCCCGCGCAGACUUCGAGCACCUCACGGACCUAAUCUUUGCAACCCAGCCUACCUCGGAGCGCCCUGAUUUCGUUGGCUGCCUUACCCGUCUCUUCAAGGAUAUUGUGCUCGCCGUUGAGGAGAAUGACGCGGUGCUUCGUGAGCUACGGGGUGAGGAUGGUGUCGCCUACGCCAUCAUCGAGCUGCAGGAGGAAUGCGACUCGAGGGGCACCCAGAUCCUUCGUCGUUAUGCUGAUUACCGGAAGCUUGCAGUCUUUCGUCAAAAUGGUUCAGUUCCCUAACUUUGUGGUUAACGGAGCAAGGUCUUCUAUCAUUGUUUAACAUUGCCAAAUGCAACAACUAAGCUCUCAGAUUUGAAAUGUCAAUAGAUUCAAGGAACUCUGUCAGGAGUUAUAUGAAGAGAAUGGGAUGUACAAGUUCAAGGAAAACUCAAUAUGGUCAAUGCUAAUUUGUACCAAAUUUCGAUCACUAAAAUUUUGCUGGAACCACGUUUAACCUGUACAUGAUUCACGCAUCUAUCAACACCGGUUGACUGAUAACAUAGUGCAUCCUUUUGUCCUCCAAAUCAUAUAGGAGGCAGUCAAGUUUCAUCUUCCAAUUUCUGUGAUAUUUGAACCUAUUAGGAUGCGUGCAUUUACUUUCAACACAAAUAUGUAUUCAGUUUGAUUGUGCACUUCAUUUGAUAGGUGGAUCAAUAUUACUAGCUGAAACUCAUAAAAACCCAUAAACAUCUUUCUUAUAAAAUAGAAGAUGGAUUUGAAUUGUCAUUUAUGCAGUAGCUCAUGAUGACUACUUCAUUUGAUAUUCUCUCUCUGACUCAUGUUUUCCCCUGAAAUAGCAUGAUGCCUAUAGUAUUCAGAUAUUCUCCAUUGCUAUAGUUAUUUGAAUUUCAGCUCUACUUUGCUACUUCGUUAAUAGGUUGAAGCUAUAGGUCAGUCAACCACAUUGUUGAAGCACGAGUGCUCAGUGUCAUCUCCACCGGUUGAGUGGCAAUGUUGAGGUGCUGCUAAUAUUGCCGCCGCUGAAAAUGGCGGUGCUACUAUGAGGGAGCAUGCACCAUCCGUUAUAUUUAUGGAUGAAAUAGACUCUAUUGGAUCUGCUACGAUGGAGUCAGGAUCUGGCAACGGUGAUAGUGAGGUUCAACGUACUAUGCUUAAGCUUCUGAACCAACUUGAUGCUUUUGAAGCAUCGAACAAAAUUAAGGUUCUUAUGGCAACGAAUAGGAUAGACAUAUUGGACCAAGCUCUUCUGAGGCCUGGUCGUAUUGAUAGGAAGAUCGAAUUUCCAAAUCCUAAUGCAGAUUCCCGUGAUGAUAUUUUGAAGAUUCAUUCGAGGAAAAUGAACUUGAUGCCUGGCAUUGAUCUGAAAAAAAUUGCUGAGAAGAUGAACGGAGCAUCAGGAGCAGAGCUAAAGGGACGCCUGAAUGGCGUGCAAAAACCAUCCCAAUAUUCUACCACAUAGCCAUCUGAUCCAUGCCUAGUAAAUAGGCAACCAUGGUGGCCCAUAUCCUGUUGGAAUAUCGACAUUCAAAGAGCAUAUGAGAAGCAAUCUAGGAAGCGGCUUUGCAGAGCUAGCAUAAAGGUUGGCGAGGCUAUUCUCUUAUCACAAGUUGACCCGACAUCCAAAACCAUUCCAAAGGGCACACCGUGCAAACAUACUACAUUUAGGAGGCGCCCAAUCCUCUGGGUCUACCUGAGAUGAUGUGUACUUUACACAUAUAUCGAGCAUGUAAAUAGAAGUUUCUAGCCUCUAAAACAGUGGAAUAGCUUCACUUGUGGCAUAUUCUUGUCCGAUCUUAGUAUGAUGGUUACAUACUACAUUAUGACGGGCUUUGGGCCCAAAUCAGAGAGGCAAUCGAUCGUUGCUAUCACAUGGCGUACGUGAAUUGGCCGUAAUUGGUCGUAC